AUGCAAGUGUGUUCUGAAAGAAGAACAGGUGUUUCAAAAAAUUAUCGAAAACCUAUAUUGUUGCCAAAUGGUGAAUACAGUGGCAUACUUGUUGGUGAUUAUGUUAUAAUACGUGAGGGAAGGCAAUCAGCUGAAUUAUAUGAACAUGGUUUUUUUGGAAAUUUCUUGGAGGAGCGACACUAUGAUGUUGUACAACCAGCGUGCUUUACAUCAGCUGAUCAGGAAGAGGAUGACAUUCAACAAAAGAUGAAAUUAUGGCGAAGUAUCCAGCUUAGGAAUAAUAAUCUUCAUUUAAGUAUGGAAGAGUCGAUGUAUUUAUCGCAUGAGUUGUCAAUUUUGAAAAUAUUUUUGAAAUCUCGGUCUAUAAGCUCACAUGAACUGUGGAAUUAUUACUUUUCGCGAUAUGGUACCCGAUUUAUCAAAAGAUAUGUUGUGUAUCGUUAUUAUCGCAACAAGGAUUGGAUCGUACAUUCAGGUUUAUUGUAUGCCUGUGAUUUCAUUAUAUAUCAUGAUGGUCCAGGAUACAACCAUUCAACUGCUGCUUUAUACAUUGCUAAUCCUACUAAUUGCCAUGAUAUUAAAUUGUUUUCUAAUUUCAAUCGUUUUUUGUCGAAUGUUAAGAAAAUAUUUAUUAAAAUAGAUGUUGAUAUACCCAGUGAUCUCAUACUUAAUACACCAGAUUGUUUGAAAAAAAUUUGUAUUAAGCAGGUAAUAUCGUCAUCGUUAGAUGUUUAA